GGGGCACUCCCAGUCCCUCCCCCUGCUCCUCAUCCAUAAGCUCUAAUCACCAAACACGUUGUUACUGCUUCACUUACUGAGACAUAAUCGACAUAUAACAUAAUAGUUUCUUGGCUUUUUGACGCUGGCCAUCCUGACAGGUGUGAGGUGAGUCGUGCUUUGGGUUGGCAUUUCCCUGAUGAGCAGUGAGGUUGAGCAUCUUUUCGUGUGUCUGCUGGCCGUCUGGAUGUCUUCUUUGGAGAGAUGUCUGUUCAUGUCUUCUGCCUACUUUUACACCAGAUUGUGUAGUUUUUGGCUUUUGAGUCAUAGGAGUUCCUUAUAUAUUUUGGAUGUUAGUCCUUAUCAGGUAUGUUUGCAAAUAUUUGCUCCCGUUCCAUAGGCUGCCUUUCCAUUUUGCCGAUGGUUUCCUUUGCUGUGCAGAAGCUUUUUGGUUUGAUGUGGUCCCACUGUUCGUUUUUACACUGUUGUCUUUACUUUCGCAGUCAGAUCCAAAAAAUCAUCACCAAGGCCGAUGUCAGAGAGCUCACUGCCUGUGUUUUCCUUUAGGAGUUUACGGUUCCAAGUCUUACUUUCAAGUCUUGAAUCCAUUUUGGUUUAAUUUGUGUGUAUGGUGUGAGAAAGUAGUCCGGUUUCCUUCUUUUGCAUGUGGCCGCCCAGCUUUCCCAACACAAUUUGUUGAAAAGACUGUCUUUUCCCUGCUGUAUAUUCUUUCCCCCUUUAUUAUAAAGUAAUUGACCGUACGUGCAUGGUUUACUUCUGGGCUUUCUAUUCUUUUCCAUUGAUCUGUGUGUCUGUUUUGUGCUAAUCCCACAAAUUUUGAUUACUAUAAUCUAUAAUAUAGUUUGAAACCAGGGAUCAUGGUGCCUCACCUUUGUUCUUUCCCAAGAUUUGUUUGACUAUUUGGAGUCUUUUGUGGUUUCAUAUGAAUUUUAGAAUUAUUUGUUCUAUUUCUGUGAAAACUGCCAUUGGAAUUUUGACAGGGAUCACAUGGAAUCUGUAGGUUGCUUUGGGCAGUAUGGACAUUUUAACACAAUGAAUUCUUCCAACUCAUGAGCGUGGAAUAUCUUUCCAUUUUUUCGUAUCUUUUAAAAUUUCUUUCAUCAGUGUCUUAUAGUUUUCAAUGCACUGGUGUUUCACCUCCUUGGUUAAAUUUAUUCCUAGAUGUUUAAAUCUUUCUGAUACAAUUGUAAAGGAGAUUGCUUUCUUAAUUUCUCAUUCUGAUAGCUCAUUGUCAGUGUAUAGAAAUGCAACAGAUUUCUGUCUGUUGAUUUUGUAUCCUGUGACUUUACUGAAUUCGUGUAUCAGUUCUUGCAAUUGUUUGGUACAGUCUUUUUUUUUUUUUAAACAUUUUCUUAAAAAAUUUUUUUUUUACUGUUUGUUUAUUUUUGAGAGAGGGAGAGAGACAGAGUCCAAGCAGAGGAGGCAGAGAGAGACACACACACACAGAACCCAAAUCAGGCUCCAGGUUCUGAGCUGUCAGCACAGAGCCCGAUGUGGGGCUUGAACUCACAAAUCGUGAGAUCAUCACCUGAGUUGAAGUUGGACGCUUAGCUGACUGAACCACCAAGGAGCCCCUGUUUGGUGGAGACUUUAGAGGAUUUCCAGUACUAUGUUGAAUGAAAGUGGUGAGAGUGGACAUCCUUGUCCUGUUCCUGGUCUUUGAGGGACUAAAAGCUUUCAGCUUUUCCCCACUGAGCGUGCUGCAAACCGUGGGCUUGUCGUAUGUGGCCUUUAUUAUGUUGAGGUACGUUCCCUCUAUGCUCACUUUGUUGAGAGUUUUUAUCAUAAGUGGAUGUUGAAUUUAGUCAAAUGCUUUUUCUGCAUCUUUUGAAAUGAUUGUAUGAUUUUCAUUCCUCAUUUUGUUAACGUGGUGUCCACAUGGGUUGAUAUGUGAAUACUAUUAUGUUUUUGAACAAACUCUUAUCUGUUAGAUCAGUGAAGAAUAAGGAAAAGAAAAGUUUUAAUUUGCCCUUAUUCAUUCAUUCAUUUUCCGACAUGUUUCCUUUCCUUAACUGAAGUCUGAGACAUGCAGAUCUUUCUGUUUCUUUCCUAUAUCUAUGCAGGAGCCUGUGUGCGGGUCCUGGGGUCUCCUGUGGAGCCUGCUCAGGGGGGCGCUCAGCCAAGGACCUGACCACGAUCGCAGGGGAUGCUGUGCACAGGUAAGAGGCCAGGUGCUAUGGGGAGGGGAGGGCAUGGCUUUGCCCCUUGCCCAUGCACCCAGGGGUGGGGGGUGAGCAAGCCCCAUCCCCUGCUUUGUCACUGCCCAGAGAUGCUUGGGUGCUAGGUGGCACUCAGUGGACCAGCAGGAAGACCUCUCCCUCUGCGGGGGCAGCCCCCCGGGCACUGCAGGAGGGGGUCCCGGGGCAGGAGCCGAUGUCACGGAUUCUAGACCCCUUGUGCAGUGGGAGCUAGGGUGUGGUUCCCACUGUCAGGGAGCCAAGAUCCCAGGCUGGAGCUUUCUUCUGCCCAUGCCGGGGCCCUGGCCAGCUCAGAGCCUGACAUGGCAGGGGAGCUCGGUCAGUAUCCGCCUAGCUAGGACAGUAACCAUCACCUGUCACCAUCGCCUGUCAGGCUGCAUGCUCUGGGGGAUCGGCUCCUCCUCUGACCUCUGGGCAGAACCAGCCAGACCGCCCCGGGUCACCUGUGACCUGCACAUGCCUUGGCUGCUCCUCCCACACCCUGAAUCGUGCAGAGGGCUCAUCUCGCCUUCCCGUGGGUACACGUGGUCACGGUGGGAGAUCCUGGGUUUUACCAUCUGUUUUCCCCAGAGGUGGCCACCAGGCGUGGCUAAUGACACAGGUGCAAGAGCCACGCUGGAGGGAAGAAUCAGAGCAGAUGGCUCAGAAAUGUUCUCCCAGACGGCAUUUCCUCUGCAGGGAGCAGGGAUGGGCAGGGCGUUAGGAAGGAAGUGGGGGCUGGAGGGUCCGGCGUGAGCCCAGGGCCCAGGACGUGGCCACUGGCUUCCACUUGGAGUCCCCGCGUGCCACCAGCAGAGAUGGAUGCCAGACAAGUUCUGCAGCAGGUGCCGAGGGGGCCUCACGACCAGGCGUCAUGACCAGGGCCUCACGACCCUGUGCCUGGAGGGCCACUGGGCUACCGGAACAUUGUUUGCAGGAAGCCCCUCCCCUGCAUUGCUCAGGUCCAUACGCUGGGGGCUGGUCCACUGUCCCUGGGACAGAGCACUGCUUUUGGUUCUGUGUCUGUGUCUGUGUGUCUGUCUCCCUCUCACCUGGGUGAGGGAGACAAGUUCUGGAAUGUUCCACCCUGUUUUGCCCACAGGUCAAGAACCAUUGUGGGGUGCUGCUAACAAAAGGGUGGGCCCACGGAUAUCCGCCAAGUGGAGGGUGGAGACCGUCCUCAGGGCUGCAGCUCUGGGAACAGGGUGUGGGAGCCGUCUACACCGCAGCCACGAGCAGCCCUCAAAGCUCCCUGUCUGGGCGGGAACAGGCUCGUCGUGUGCGCCCCGGGCUCCAUGGAGGACGUGCCUGGGAUGUGGACGGCCACCUUUUGGGGCCUGUUGGCUCUAUUGGGGUGCAGGGUGUUCCUCCCCAGGUCAGCGUCCAGAGAUCACCUGGGGCGGAGGGGGUCAUUGCUCUGAUGGUGGUGGCGGCAUCCAGCCCCUUGCGCCCUCUGUCUGUGGUUCUGGGGCUGGAGACUGGAUCCAGGUGCAGGCACUGAGUGGGGGUGGUGACUCCUCCUGGGCAGGGUCCUCGGCCUCCUGGCCUCACCCUCGGCCUCCUUUUGUGGGAGGAGCGAGUGACAAGCUGUUGUCCGCUCAGCCCUCCUGCCCGGGGGCUGCGGGUUCAGGGGCAUCUGGUGGGCGUCUGUGGGUCGGGAGUGGCUGCCCCUCCCACCUGCUGCCUGGCCCGUGGUGGCCCCUGUCCUUCUGCUGCUGGCUGACAGGACCCCCGGCUGCUGUCAGGGAGCCGGACUCGGUCACAGCACCCAACCCCCAGCACUGGCCAGAGGCGGCCACCCUCACAUCAUGGUGGUCACCACAGCGUCCUCCGGGCCUUCCCGGGACCAUGGUCAGCUGGCGGUGCGUCCCCAGCAGGCCCAGAGGUGGGACCGCUGGUCCACCCGGGGGCCUCGCCCUCUCCUGGACCCGCAGGCUCGGUGGGGUGCGGGCCUUUCUGCUCCCAGCACAUGUGUUCUCGCAUGGAGAGUCACCAGGCCACUUGCCCUGGUCCCACGUCACCAGGAGGCUGGAGGGAUGUGGCUCUUACAAGUGGGGUCUUCUGUGCCGUCUUCACAGGGGCCGCUAGCCCACAGGGUCCCGAGGAGUCUGGGCUGGUAAUCUCGUGCAGGCGUGCCCGUCCCCGUACCGCAGCCUGGCCAUGGCCUGCAGGGUUCGAGGGCUGCUCCCCCACCCAGCCCCGGUCAAAGGCUUCAGAGAAGUGUCCUUCUUUCUCCCUUUGGUUGCUAGCUGUGGUUGGGCCUGAGCUGGGGUGUUUGCCGGAACAGAAUGAUGCCCAUCCAGGAGGCUCUGAUCGCACCUUCCCCCAGAUCACUCCCCGGGUCGCCAGGAGCCAUCGAUGUCCAUGUCCCUGUGGCCCCUGAUUUUUCUCCAAAUGUGGAGCGGUUCCUGUUCUGCAAACUUCCCACCAGUCAGUGUGGACGGAGAUGCAUUUACUUAUGAAUGAAAUUAGAGCAGGCGUAUUAAUAACUCAUAUGAACUCAUUUUUCUAAGAAUUUGAUGGAAGAAUUCGUUGGUAUUAAAAAUGCUGUGAUUUUUAAUCGUUAUUGCUUGUUAUUUUAAAGCAGAAUGCAUUUUAAAUAGCUCAACAAACUGUCUAAUUAACCACUUUGUUUACAUAAACAACAGGCCUUGAAAAUGGGAGGGGCCUCUCCUCCAGAGUUAUUGGGAAUGGCGGAAGGUUCUGGAAGACGCGUCUAUUAAGGAGGUCACUUCUGCUUGGCAACAAACCGGACCACAAGGCUGGAUCAGGUUUGGUGUGAAUGUCCACACUGGGCGGCCACGAGGCUGGAUCAGGUCGGGGGUGGGCGUCCACACAGGGCAGCUGGGCCGGCACGCUGACCUCCCAUGGAUGCUGUCGCUCUGGUCUGGGAGAAAUCCCACAGCAGCUCAGUGGACCCCGACCACCGUGGCAGCCACGGGUGUGAGCCACUGCCUGCUGGCCGUCUCUUCUGCUCCGCACUGGGGCUUCCUGCCCCUUCAGGGGAUUUUGGGGUCCGGGAGGAGGUGAGACGCUGCCUGUGCAGAGUCUGCCGUCCCUUGUUGGGGGGACGCUGGGAUUCCCGGAAAGGCGCUGUCCCAUGUCCCCUGUGGUCUGGGGGAGUGGCUCCCCACCGCCGUCCGGGCCCGAGUGCGUGGGUGGGGGCUCCCCCUUGCCGGCCCCCCUCCCUGGUCUCCGGGCCGAGAACGAGCUGUGGAGACAGGGCCCUGUGUGCCUUGGGCACCGUGUCACCUCAGCGAGGGCCUCAGGGUCCUAACUGCGAGGUCAGUGCUGGGCGGGAGGAUGUCUGUUAGAUCCACCAGAAGUGGCCCGUGCCUUUCUUCCUCCUUCCUGCUCUCGGAUCCCAAACCUGUCCCAGGUUCAACAGUGGCCUCAAUCGGAAUGGUGGCAUCGCAGGACCUCAGGGUGACAGUGUGUGGAGAUGGGGUCUUUAUGGGGGGGAUGUAGGUGAAAUGAGGUCAUAGGUGACCCUGAUCCAAUGUGAUGGGUGUCCCUAUGAGAAGAGGAGGUCAGGGCACACACACAGAGGGACGACCCCGUGAGGACACAGGACGGACGGUGUCUACACGGCAAACAGAAGCCUUGGGAGGUACCAGCCCCCCACACACCUGGAUCUCGGCCUCUGGCCUCCAGAACCGCGAGAGGAGGGAGGUCUGUCAUUGAAAGUGCUGCAGUGCUUUGUCACAGGGGCCCCAGUGAAGGAACACACACCGGUCCCUGCUGUCCUCCAAGCAGCACCCAGCAUCCUGCCAGGAGGUCAGUGACCCCACAGCUUUGGUGGGGGGCUGGGACGGCGGCCUGAUGCACAGGCCCGGGUGCUGCACAGAAAUAGGGUCGAUUCAAACAGGCGCUGGGCCUCCCCUCUUCCGCUCCCUCGCUCGGCUUCCGGUCUCCAUCCUCCUCGUGGGCACAGCCUGUUGUGCGCAGAAAGAUCCGGAACGGAAAGGGCUUUCCGCUGGGGAUGGGUCUGUCAGACUGGACGGGCAUGUCAGCUCAGAGUCCCCGAUUCUCGGGGUCCCGAGACCUGGAAUGGUCCAGCGGGUGUGGGCAUCGGGUUGUGGGCGUUGAGGAGAGGCCGGGGGCCUCCGUGGGGCUGGGACCGCAGUGAUUCGACUGAGAUGCUGAGCGUCAGGGGCUGCGGGGCCUCUCACGUCUGUCAGGUGGGGCCAUGCGGGUGGCCGUGUGUCUAUUGCACGUGUCCCUUCCGAGGCCUGUGAACGCUGGGUGUGGGCAUCCGAGCCCCGGGCCAGGCAAGAAGCCCACGGAGCCGACGUGGGUCCCACGGAAGGACCCCGGGGACACAGUGCAUCACCCACAGGAAGCCCAGUGGGGACUCAUGGGGCCAGAGAGCAGACCUGAUUCCUGCUGAUUGACUUCGCCUCGAAAGGAAAUUUAACAAUGAAAAGUUAAUUCCUCCUUGAAGCUUUUAUAAGGGGAGAGGGCUCACAUCCACGGCCCCCCCGGCCCCGGGGCACAGGGAGGACCGACCACGUGCCCCGAGGGCCAGCUCCUUGGUGGGCCCGGUGGAGCCUGGGGGGCAGGAGGAACCCCGCCCACGUGGCCCCAUGUCCCCUUCCCCAGGUGUUCCCGUGGGACCCGCCGGCCGCCCUGCCCAGGGCGCAGUGGGACUUUCUGACCGUCUGCUCUCUGCCUCCCUCGGGAGAUGCGCGCCUCUCGGAGUCAGUGACUCCGGGCCAGCUCAGGUGUGGCCAGGGUUGGGGUGGGGGCGUCCAGCUGUGGGGGCGGAGGGUGAGUGGCCCACGUGGUGUAUGGGGUCUGGGGUGGAAGGUUCCUGUGGAUGCCCCUUCCUCCGAGGCUGGAGGCAGAGUCCAGAACUGGGGUCUCCUCCGGGUGGGGGUGGUCCGGAGGCCAGGAGGCCACAGAGGGUGGUGUGCGGGUCUGAUGGCAGUGCCUCACAGGGCAGGUGUCUGAUGGAGGAGGGGGGCAGAUACACGUCCGUGUGCCACAGCGCAGGGGUGGGGUGAGGGGGACGUGGCCUCCUUGGCAGAACGUAAGGUGGGCAUGUGGCGCCUUGCAGACCACAGACCAAGGGCUCCAGCGACACGGUGGGCCUUUGGGGGAAGGGAGGGAACAGGGAGCCCUGCGGGGGAGGGGUGUCGCGCGUUAACCAUGAAGGUGCCGGCCGCGGCUGCCCCCCAAGGUCUCCUGCGCGCCAUGGUCAACAGAGGGCUGCCCGUCCCCUGAGCUGCGAGGGUGGGGGGGGGACACCCAACAAGCAGGUGGCGGGCGGGGGGACAGUGAGUGCAGCGCCUCCCCUGGGGCCACCGAGGGCCCCGCGGGCUGAUGGCUCCAGUGAGAUUCCUGUAGCAGGAGGGCCCUGGAGGCGCGUCAGGGUUUCCAGGCUUCUCUUCCCUGUUCUUUAGGGCAGCACAUCCCCUCCCCCGACAGAACCCCCGGGGCCUGCCUGGCGGAGCCUGUCUGUGGGUCUUGUUCGUGGGGCCCGUCCGUGGGGCCUCUCAGGGCCCAGGCUAUUGAAGUUCUCGCCCCAGACGCUCACACAGGGCACCCUUGUGCCGCGUUCCUUAGGGUCUCUGCCCCGUCACCGCCUGGAUUUCCUGCAGGCCCAGGGUCCCCUUAGCUGUCUGCAUGUGGGCUGGAGUCUGCGUCCGCACACUCGCUCUUGGGGUGAUUUCCUCACGCGUGCGGCCACUGUGUCCUGCUCGGAGACCCCCUGUGGCCGCCCCACUCCCCGGCCCGUGCCCGGUGGCUCCUGGGGCCAGCUGUCUCUGCCUCAGAGGGUGUUCUUGAGGGAGGGGCCUGUCAGCAUGGCAGACGGGGACCACGAGCGUCCACGUUUGUGGGCAGGCCCCCUUCCUACAUAAGUUCUCAAAACGCGGCGUCUGUGUGUGAAAUGGGAUCGGGGUCCGCAGGAAGGGUUCUGGCGGCACAUUUGGCUCAGGGAGACGUGCGCCUUCUCCUGGGCCUGCGGACAGGGCUCCAGGGAGCAGGAGACGCACCUCGGGCGCAGCUGGGCUCUCAGGGUUCCCACCCUGCUUCUUUCUUCUCGGGACCAGCAGUCCCAGCCUCCGCAGCGGACCCGUCCAGAUCUGAGCGUGGGACCCUCACGUGGCGCUCUUGGCCAGCACGUUUCCCGUGGACCUCCUGGUGGGCAGCCUGGUGCAGUGGUGUAGCCGUGUCCCCGCAGACGUCACCAUGGAGCUUCGUGAGACGGUGGCCACAUGACUCUGAAUGUUGGGGGGGUGGUGUCGGCAGUGAGGGCAGGUUGCGGGCCCCCGAGAGCCUGGUUCCAUUUGUGAACAGGGCGUGAGCACCACAGGGGACUUGGAAAGCAGUCCUCACGUGUCUCAGCCCAUCAGGACGUCCGUAGCAAAGGCACCAUGGACAGGGGCUCACACAGAUGAGUUCAUUCCCAUCUUCUGGAGGCGGGGAAUCCCAAGACCACGGCGCCACAGACCCGCCAUCCGGUGAGGCCGCCUCCUCGCCGUGUCGUCUGGAGGUGGAAGGGGACCGAUUGUUUUGGGGGCCACAGAGGGGGACAGCACGUCAACAUACGCAUUUGGGGGGGCGGGCGGGCGCUCAGAGCACAGCAGUGCCCUUCACCCCCGGCCCCUUCGCUCCCGGGUGGACUUCCAAGUCCUGGGGCUGCAGCUGAAUUCCCACCAGGCCCGGGGGGUGGGUCAGCGGGGCCAGAGCAGCGGGAGCUCAGUCCUCGCAGGCGCUGAAAUCCGGCAGGAGCACACGGGACCCCAACUCGGGGACCCUUCCGCUUUCGAAUGUUCCACCGGCCAAAUGCUGGCCAGGAGGUUAGCAGUGUCACCGGCUGAGGAUAUUUUUAGUUGAUAGACCUCAACUUUGACUUGUCCCUGAUUUGAAAACAUGCUUUUGUUGUAAAACUGAAAAAAAAAAAAAAAAGCUUGUUAGAGAGGGGCUGGAAAACACUGAAAGACACUAAGAAGAAAAUUAAAAAUAAAUCAUCCAUAGCUUGA